AUGAAAUAUACUGAAGACGGGCAGAUGAGCACAACCACUGAGUAUGUCAUGGUAGCUUUGAUUACAAUCUACAACACUAACUAUUCUUCUAGCAAGCUCCGGAAAAUGCAUCGUUCGCUGGGCGUGAUCGAACUCGCCGUCGACCCUGCUACGUACACCGUCUUGAAGACGCUGAUCUCAAUCCACUCAAACUUUUUCAAGUCAAUAUUCCAGCACAAUCUUACAGAAGCACAGUAUAACGCUAUUAUGCUCGAACGCAUCGAUUAA